AUGCUAUGGCGUGCCUUGAAGGCGCCAUGGCAUCUCGGAGACGAGAUCCUGCCUCGAUGUUCGUCCCUUGACAUUCUGAGAACUCGACACAGACCUGGACUGUUCCCUUGUCAUGUGCGAUAUCUGCAUGGUCAAAGCCCAGGGGCUACAGGGACCUCACCGGCGCUUGUCCGCCACGCCAGACUCUCGACCGACGCCGAGUACGUCGACGGACUGCGAGCCGACGAAUCCAUCAAAAUCGCAGGCCUAGUGCGCAGUAUCAGGAAGCAGAAAAACGUCACCUUUGCCCGAAUCGGCGACGGAUCUACGCUCGCCAACGUCCAAGCAGUAUUCCCGGGCCCGCAGCUGGCGAAAGACAUUACCAACGGCGCCUAUGUGGCAUUGGUGGGGAAGUGGAUUCGUUCCAAAGGAGCAGGACAAAGCCAUGAACUGCAAGUCGAGAAGAUCGAAACACUCGGUGAUGGCAACACCUCAGAAAACCCCAUUCAGAAGCAAUCCAUGUCGACUGAUUUUCUUCGAACCGUUCCUCACCUUCGAAUGCGCACAGCCUUCCACUCUCUUGUCAACCGGACUCGCAGCCACUUGAUCUCCGCGAUCACGUCGCAUUUCUGCAACCGACCAGACCCCGUUUAUCAAGUCCUACCGCCACUCAUAACCUCUUCCGAUUGUGAAGGUGCCGGGGAAGCUUUCACGAUAGCCCCGCAAAGCCAUGAACAGCUUCCGGGGACAACGCCAAACACAUCCAAGGGACAAGAAAAGCUCUACUUCCGAGAACCGAAAUACCUGACUGUGUCGUCACAGCUACAUCUUGAGGCACAUGCUGCUGAGCAGGGGGAUGUCUUUGCAUUUUCACCCACCUUCCGUGCUGAAGAAAGUGAUACCCCGCGGCACCUUUCCGAGUUUUAUAUGCUCGAGGUUGAGCAUCGACAUGUUUCGUUUCAAGAGCUGCUGUCCCGGGUGCGAAGUCUGGUGGCGUGUCUCGCGCAAUCACUUCAAGAACACCGCACAGGUAAGGAGCUGGUGGAGUACUACUCAGACCAGAAACACCGACCCACGGAUGGCGACUUUGUGGAUCUGCAAGCUCGCUGGGAUAGACUUGAUGGGAGGUGGCACGAAGUCGACUACACAUCAGCCAUGAACGCGCUGACGAAGGCUUACGAAUCGAGUGGUGGCAACCUCUUCGUUCACCGUCCUCAGUGGAAGCAGGGAUUGCAGUUGGAGCACGAACGGUGGAUCGUCGACAAUCUUGCAGAAGGCAGGCCAGUUUUUGUGACGCACUAUCCGAAAGACCUCAAACCAUUCUACAUGCUUCCCUCAUCGGCAAUGACUCCUCCACCCCAGGACACGACUCAAUCAGACUCCAGCGAGGGGGACACCGUAGCCUGCUUCGACCUUUUGCUGCCUUUCGGCUACUGCGAAGUCGUCGGGGGAAGUCUCAGAGAACACCGACUGGAACAUCUCAUUCAGUCCAUGCGCCAGAAGGGGCUGAUCAAGAGGAGGACGGAGGUGUUGCCGAAUGGUGGUGACAACGGCAACGGCAACGGCUAUUACCCGUUUCUGGAAACCGGGGAGACGUUAGGGAAUAUGAAGUGGUACGCCGACCUUCGACGGUACGGGAGCAGUCCACACGGGGGCUAUGGUCUGGGGUUUGACCGGUUGCUGGCGUACAUGACGGGAGUCAGCAACUUGAGAGAGGUCGUUCCGUUCCCGAGGACGUGGGGGAGAGCGGAUUGCUGA